AUGAUCUUGAAGCCUUGGUGCAAGGUCAUGGAACGCAUGGUUCUCAGAAGACUUCAAGCACACCUGGACGAGACGAGUCAGAUACCGGCGACCAUGUAUGGAUUCCACCAGCACCUGAGCACCCAAGACGUCCUGACCCAAUUACACGAACUAGUGAUUAAAAGAGCAACGAGGCACGCGCCCCGGGGUAUACUGGCUUUGGGCCUCAAGGGGGCCUUCGACAACGUGUCCUACGCCAGCGUGCUAGAGAACCUGCGCAUGACGGGGUGUGGCCGCAAGACCUACGGCUAUAUUAAAGAUUUCCUAACCAAUAGAACGGCAACUAUCCGGAUAGGAAAGGAACGGUAA